GUCACGGAGAAAAAUAAUAGACUUUACUCGCAAGAAGAAGAUAAUGGCGUCAACACCAAAGUUGAAGUUGAAGCUCGUGGUCGACAAGAGCAAGCAAAGAGUGGUUUUUGCGGAAGCAGGAAAGGACUUUGUGGACUUCCUCUUCCACAUCCAAGCCUUGCCCAUUGCGACUCUCGCGCACAUUCGAGCCAUGAAAGCCGACUCCGUGGACGGCAGCUUGGGCAAUCUUUACAAGAGCAUUGCGGACUUGGAGGAUGUGUACUUCAUGAUGCCCCGCCACAGGCAGAACCUCUUGACGCCCAAGUUCCUCAACCCUGGUCCUAACAUCAAAGUCCCGUUUACUCUCUUAUUGCCUAGCGAUUCAUCAUCUUCAUCACGCCAAACCCACUGCUACAUGUGCCCGACCAAGGAUUGUACUUAUUACAGUCAAAGGGUCGCUGACAACCCUUCUGUGAGAUGUCCUCGUUGCACCAGUGCCGUCAUGGACCGAAGAGUGGAAUUCGUUGAAGUGCCAACUGGGCAGACUGGUUACGUGAAAGAGCUGGUGAAGUAUGUGGUGAUGGACGACCUGGUGGUGAAGCCGAUGACCAGUGACUCGUGCAUUGCCAUGUUGAAGGACAAGGCUGCCAUGAUUGAGAACAAGUUUGUUGAUUUUGGGAUGGACGAGGUAAGCCAGAUCCAACUACAUUUGUUUUCCUGGCUAGUUCUUGGGUUUUUGAUUGAGAACUCGGCUUUUGCCACGUAA